CAUUUCUCCAAAAUACGAAUUCCUCCACACCAUACAAAACUCUAGUCCGCCGAAAUGCCGCCGAAUCAUGAUCCAAAUCCAAACAACCCCUCCGUUGAUCCAAACACCGGAUUCUGCUCCAACACCAUGACGUUCCACACCCGCCGUUCCCCAGUCCCACUCCCGCCCGAAUCCGCGCCUCUCUCUGUCACAGACUACGUUUUCUCCUUACUCAACUCCUCCCCUCCGCCGCCGACAGCGUCCGCUUUCAUUGACGCCGGCACUCGCCACCGUAUCCUCUACUCGGACCUCAUUCUCCGCACAAGAAACCUAGUCUCCUCCCUCCGUACCAAAUUCGGCCUCUGCAGAGGCGACUCUGCACUCAUCAUCUCCCCUAACAGUAUCUGUACUCCUAUUCUUUACUUCUCUCUGUUUUCCCUCGGCGUCGCUGUCUCUCCCGCCAAUCCGGCCAGCACGAUUCUAGAGAUUAAACACUAUGUUCAGCUCUCGAAGCCGGUAAUUGCGUUUGCCACGUUAGAUACAGCUCCGAAAAUACCAGCGCUUCGGUAUGGAACUGUUCACGUUGAUUCGGUGGAGUUCGAGUUGUUAAUGGAGAAUGGGGAUGGAGCAAAGGAAGCCGAAGGAAUUCAAGUAAGCCAAUCAGAUGUCGCCACGAUUCUGUACUCAUCCGGCACGACCGGACGAGUCAAAGGAGUGGAAUUGACUCACAGGAAUUGGAUUGCAAUGGCUGCGUCAACCUUGGCGUUGCGUCCGAUGAGGGAGACUCCUCCAAUUCAUCUCUGUACGGUUCCUCUGUUUCACGUGUACGGUUUCGCGUACUGCGUGAGGGCGGUAGCGAUGGGGGAGACUGUGGUCAUAGCUGGUGGCGGAAGGAGGUUCGGUUUGGGAACGAUGUGUGGAACCAUCGAGGAGUUCAGAGUCAGCCAUGUGGCAGUUGCCCCACCGGUGAUUGUUGCGAUGGUGAGAGAAUCCGGCGUGAUGGACGGCUACGAUUUGAGCUCGCUCGAAGCUAUUGGGUCCGGCGGAGCUCCGUUGAGAAAAGGCCUCAUCGAGAAGUUGGGGGGACGGUUACCGAAGGUGAUGUUUGCGCAGGCAUAUGGGUUGACAGAAACGGUGGGCCGGGUGUUUUCCACAAUGGGUGGAACCGAAUGUGAAGUAGAAGGAGCUACAGGGAAGCUUAUGCCCAAUUGGUAUAUUGAUGAUGAAGAAGCAACUAUGGCGACAUUGGAUUCAGAAGGAUGGUUAAGGACUGGGGAUCUUUGCUAUAUAGACAAGCAGGGUUUCCUGUUUUUUGUGGAUAGAAUAAAGGAAUUGAUCAAAUACAAGGGCUACCAGGUUGCCCCAGCUGAACUGGAACAUCUGCUUCAGUCCCAUCCCGAUGUCGUUGAAGCAGUUGUUGUUCCGUUUCCGGAUGAGGAAUCAGGUCAAGUGCCAAUGGCCUUUGUGGUUAAACAAUCAGGAAGCAGCAUACAUGAAUCUCAGAUCAAGGAUUUCGUUGCUAAACAAGUUGCCCCCUACAAGAUAAUACGGAGACUAAUGUUCCUUGAUUCUUUACCUAAGAAUGCUGCCGGAAAAGUGUUGAGGAAGGAGUUAAUCAAAAUGGCCAAUGCAAUUUCCAAGUUGUAAAAACCGUAUGCAUCUGCAUAUCUACGGUUGUCUGUCUUACAGCGGUGAUCAUAUACAUAAAUGCUAUUUGGAAUUCCUUGAGCUGUUACUCCAGCAACAAAUGAACAGACGAGACUAGCAGGACAUAGGGGGAAUGUCAGUACCGCUUCUGUUUUUAAGACGUGCACCCUAAUUAUUAUUAUUUU